AUAGUUCGUUGUUCAUGUUUGUGUAGGAUCACGACUGUUUACUGUUUAUUUUACAUUUUAAAAUGUUAUUCGCAACCCCGCGAUGUGUUUGAAUAUCGAGGACUUUUGAGAAAUCAUCGUUAUUAAAUCAUAAUCAUAGGUAAAGAAAAGAAUGGCGAUUCCACCGUUUCCAUCGCAAGAUUUAGCGAAGCUUGUCCUCGGUUAUCUUGCAGAGGAACAGCUUAUGACUGCUUACGAUGAAUUUCUACAGGCUAGUCCCUAUUUAGACGCACUAAGAAAUGAGUAUGACAGGAUUUUAAUGACAUCACUGAAACAUAUUCUGGCGGAGUAUCGAGCAGUUAAAAUUUACGUUGAAACUUGUAAGCCUUUCGCACUACGAAAAAAAUUGCUCCAGUGUUACAAUUUAUUGGAAAUGGUGAAAUUUCUUAUCGAAAAUGUUGAUACAAAUAAGUUAAAUGAACAGGAGCAAAGUAUUGAAAAAUCAAGUUUUACUAAGAAUGUAAAUGUUGUACCACCAAGUAACCCAGUACAACCAAGUUCCCAGUCUUCCAGUCAAAUAGAAAAUUCAAUGUUGGAUAGUUCAGUAGAAGCUACAUCUUUAGAUGAUCUUCCAGGAAAUUCAACAAUUAAGAAAAAAACUUUAAAAGCAGUAGAAACAAAAAACUCACAUACUAAUGUUGAUUGCGAAAGUAAAGUAUGUCCAGUGUCAAAUACUAAUGUGAAUAUGAAUUCUUUAUUGACUGAAGUGAAAAAUGUAACUGUCAAUCCACAAACAGGACCAAAUAAUCUAGAUUUGAUGAAAUGUAAUAAGUCUGAAUCUGUACAAAAAAUUGAAGAAUUCAACAAUAUUUUAGACUAUGUAUGUAAGAACGGAAGUGCUGAACAAAACACGUAUUCAUUAACAAACAAUGUCACAAAUCAAAACCAAAGAUUAUCAACAGCUGGUACAUUCCAGGACUUCACAACUGGCAUUUAUAAUAGUGGCUCAGUUCAUGUAUCUUAUUCAACCACACCAAGUGAUAAUAAUGCGCAGGCGCCUUCAAUAAGAAACACUAGUACUUAUGUUAAUAUUGGAGGCUUAACGAAGGAAGAGUUGAUGUCAAAAGGUCAUUUUGUACUGACAGUCGACAGCAGUAAAAAUUCUCAAGGUGUCCCACUGAUAACAACUUCGUCUCCGACAAUAACACAAGCCAACAAAAAAAUUGAAACUCGAAAACGCGAAGAAAAUAAAAUAAAAAUCUUAUCAGAUGUUAUUGUGGACAAAUCAUAUGAAAGUUUGAGUGGAAAACAAAAAAUGCCACCGGUUUUGAGCAACGCGACGUCGACUCCGUUCCAGAUGCCAAAUAUGUUAAUAAAUGGAACACCAGCUUAUAAAAACAACAUGAAAUCGCAUUGUUUGGCAAAACUUAAAUAUACCACGGAUGAAAUAAUGGCAAUGCCAACAAUUAUUCUUGUUCCUGCAUCAGUUUCAGGAACACCUGCAAGUUCAACAGAUUCAGGAACAGUAGCUCCAUUAUCCACGGAUCCCAAACCACUUACAAUUACUUCAAAUUCUUCCCAAGAUUUAUUAAAACCACUUUUAAUUGAUGUUACAUCCCCAGUCAUAAACCCGCCAGUUAGUUCCUCUAAUAUAGUAACCAAUGAACAAAAUAAUAUUGAAAGUAUUGAACAAAAUCUUAUCAAAACAGUGGAAUCCACCGAAAAUAUUUUGAAGUCCAAAGAUAAUACAAUUAAUACAACAAAUUCAACAUUACCGAAGACAACAACUCCACAAGGUGUAUUGCCUAAUCGGAAGUCGUCAUCAACUCCCCGUAGAAAUUCCCAUGUUAGAGUUUUAGAUUUUACAACACCAAGGAGAAUAUUAACUGAGACUAUUAACGAACAAAGCCCGGAAAGGAAUAGCUCUGACAACCAAGAAUGUAAUGAAACAGUUCAGGUGCCGUGUAAAGAACCCAAGGUACAAAUAGACGUCGCCGUCACUGACAAUGUUAUAAGUAUAGAAAAUCCGGAAUGUCCAAAAUUAAAAACAAACGUAGCAAAAGAAAAUAAGGCGAUUACUAAAAAGAACUGGGAUUCUGAUAUCCGAGCUGCAGCGGUAUGUGGAAUAAAUACCCCAGUUAAGUCUACACAAAAGAUAAAAACUAAAACGAAAGAAAAGGCUACAAGAAAGAAAAAAUCAGAUGAAGAUAAGAAUUCUAAAAAAAGAGCAAAUAAGGAUACGAGUAAAGAAAAAAAGAAGAAAGACAAAUCAGAUUCUAAAGAUUAUAAAGAAAACGAUUUUAUUGAAAGUGAACAAAAAGCAACUCCAGUAAUUAAAGCUAAUGUUAACAUUCGGAGUGAUAAGAAUAUUGUUGAAGAUAAGAAUAUUGUAGAAGGUAAAAGGAUUGUUGAAGAUUCAAAUAUUGUAGAAGAUAAAAAGAUUUUAGAAGAUAAGAAGACGACAGAAGAUAAAAAUCAAAUCAAUUUUUAUGGCAGUAUUGAUCGAACUGAAACCCCUGAGAACGAAAGGAUAGCUUUGCAAAAUGUAAUUGGAGCCAAACUAAACAUAUCAGACUUAUUAGAAACUCCAUAUAAACAAGUUCUUUACGAUAUUCAAAUGGAUACACCAAAGUUUUUAGGUACAGAUUUACCUGAUGAACCAAUGUCAGAAGUGAAAAUAAUGAGUAUUCCCACUCCGCGAUUUCUCCGCGAUUCUAACGAAAAGAAUUCUACUCCGUCUUGUUGUUAUUCGUCUAGACCGACUGAUUAUUCUAGCGGUGGAUCCUAUUACAAACCUGAUGAUCAAGAUUUUAUCAUUUGCACUGAUGUACCUCAGAGUUCACCGCGCCAAGAAGAAAAUAGCAAAUCCAAUAACGAUAUAACAUCAACUAAACCUGAAUUAGAUAAUAAAGAAAGUAAGUCCGGUAGACCUGUGAGACAAUGUACAAAAAAUGUUUCUUACAAGGACCCACUAUUUAAUGGCAAAAGUAUCCCCUUAAAAAGUUUGGCCCAGAGUUGUGUAAUCAAUGAAGAUAGUACCGUCGACAACGCUUCAGAGGAUCGUGUUAGUUCUAAAAGUUCCAAAGACAUUACAGUAAAGGAAAAAAGAAAACAAGAUACAAAUAAAACUAAGAAAUCCGUAAAGAAAAUUAAAUCUCCCAUAAAAAGAGAUACACCAAAAACAUUUAUGAAGAUAAAACCGAGAAGAACUACACCAACAAAAGAAUUAUUAGGAGGCAAAAGUAGAAAAACGUCAGAAUCAACCAAACAGAAAAAAAUUAAUAGCAAAGAGAGAAAUGAAAACUUAACCUCCGUGACCGCAACUAUACCUACAAAGUCACGAAGAAAAUCUUCGACGCCUAGAAAACUUCAUUGUACUAAAACAUUUAACUCUGAAAGUUCCGACCAUACAUCUCCCGAAACUGCUAAACCAAAGCAAGACAAGACUCAAGAAGAUCGUGCUCGAUCACGCGAGUCCGACGUUGAAAUACCGUUAAGGUGGUCCGAUGAUGGCUCUCAAGAUGAGACUUUAAAAAAUAAACUCAAAUCUGAUUCUUUAUCUGUAACCGAUACUGAUGAUAUAUCCAAAAUAAAAGAAUACAUCGAAACAUGCGCCACAGAGAAACCCGAACUCAAAGAUGGUGAAGGAAGUUUGCAUUAUGAUUUAAUCAAAAGAGGUUUUGAUGUCGAAACUGCUAAAAAAUUAGAACGAGACCUACUUGAUUCGCCGUGUGCUAAACGUGAAAUAGAUAUGCCGACAGAAUGUUUUGAAAUUAAAACUAAUGUUUCUGAAAGUAUUACUGGGAGUGGAGAUUCUUAUAGUCUAAAAAUAGAGGAUGGUGAUGACGAUGAAGAUGAUGAAGAAAUAGAACUAUCUAUACACGAAUGUAAUGAAGAUACCGUCAACUAUAUUCAUUACGAGUAUGAUGAUACUGAUGAGAAAGUAUCAGGUCCACAAUCAAAAUUAAAGGAUAACUAUUCAAUGGAAAUUUGUGUAGACGAUGGUGUCACGAUAAGGUUGAGAGCGACAACAUUUAGCGUAUUGUUAGACCAAGAUCCCCAUGAAACGGAGGUUAAUUACAGUUACAAAGAAACUGCAAUGGCUGUAUCUUCAAUAUCAAACUUUGAUAAGCUGUAUACACCAUUGAAAGAUCAUAAAGCCCAAAUGUAUGAUAUUUUCGAUUCUACAUUAACAAGUUUGGAUACACCUUUAAAAAUCGGUAGUUCUAAAUCACCGGAGUGUGAACAUAAUAAUAUCACUGAAAUAUCAUUGGAAGUUGAAAAAAUGGAAUAUGUCGAGAAAACUGAUUUGAAAAAAAGAAAACGUUUACAAAGUGGAUCCUCAGAGGAAUCGAUAAAUUGCACUAAGAAAACUAAAAGAGAAACCCAAUAUCUUUUAAAUACAACGAAUAUUCAGAAUAUUGAUAUAGAGUCUGUUUUAAGUAAGUUACAUGGCCCCUGAGAGUGUCUUAGUAGUUUUGUUUUUAUUAUUGGCCUUAUAGAAUAUUAUGUAAAACAUAUUAAAAUAUAUGUACA